AUGGACGAAGAAGGAUUCCAAUACCUUCUGAAGCAGGGAAUCAAGGUCGGAGGACCUAUACUGAACAACGUCCUGGGCAGGGCUCUGUCUUUCGCCCUUGGACCACUUGGUGGUUCAGUUGUUUCCCUUGCUAGCAUCGCCAUCUCCGCUGCUCGCAAGCUCACUGAGUCGGGAAGGGCCGAGAUUGGCCUCGGACCUGCCAUCCCUGAAGGUAUAACCGAGCGCGCCAUCUUGGCUGAGGCUGCUUCCCAGGCCAUGAUGCAGAUAGACAAAAUGACCCUGGAGGAGGAAGGCUUCUUCAGUGACACGUGGAAUGUCAUCAAGAAGAUCGCCCCAUGUAGUCGCAAAGGCCGCUUCCGGUGUUAUCAAGGCGGUUGUGCCGGUUAG